AUGAAUUUUCUUUUUUCAAAUGAUGAUGAUGAUGGAAACUUUGAUUCUUUUAUCACUCAGAAUUUGAAACCAGAGCCUCCUAAAGAAAAACCAUCUAGCAAAAAAUUAUAGACUACAUUCAAACCCAUAGAACUCAAGAGCUAAUUUCAAUUCAUUUCCACUCCAAAGUUAAAACAAAAUAAGGAUGAUGCCAAAACAACUCUUUGGAAUCUUAUGUUGCAACAUUUGAACCAUACUAAUCAAAUCAACAAUUUUAAUUAAGAAAGAUCGAAAUUACCUUAUCCCUUGAACUCAUUUUUUCUGUCUAAAAUUUAUGAAUAUCGAAAUCAAAAAAUCGAUGCAAUCAUAUGCGAAGUACAUGAUAUUGAAGAAUUUGGGGAUACCACUGAAAUAACAUUGAAAGAUCAAAGUGGUUCAUGCUAAGCGUCAAUUUUGUCUGAUAUAUUCACCGAGGAACUCGAUGAUCUCAACCCUCAGAUAUACGAUCCUGUCAAGAAAAUACAAAAAAAAGAGAAUAUCCUGGUUUACUUAGAAAAUGUAACAGUAUUCUCUCCAAACGAAUUUUAGAUUACUAUUAUUAUUAAUAGAGCCAACUUAAAAUUAGCAAUUUUCUGA